AUGACGAAGGUAAACGGCACCAACGGUGAUAAUCACACCAACGGCAUCAAUGGUGUUAAUCACACCAACGGCGUUAACGGCGCUAAUCACACCAACGGCGUCAACGGUCAUGCCAACGGCGUCAACAGCCUGAAUGAGAAAGCCGUGCCAAUCGCUAUUUGUGGCAUGGGUGUUCGCCUCCCCGGAGGAGUCUCCACCGCGCAAGAAUUCUGGGAGUUCCUCAUCAAUAAGGGUGAUGCAAGAGGUCGGGUACCCGAGUCGCGGUACAAUGUUUCCGCCUACCACGAAAAAACCAAGAGACCAACAACUGUUGCCACCGAAUAUGGCUACUUUCUGGACGACUCCGUCAAGCUCGGUGCGAUGGACACAAGUCGGUUCUCGAUGAGCCGUGCCGACGUCGAAUUCUCCGAUCCGCAGCAACGGCGUAUCUUAGAGGUUGUCACGGAGGCGCUUGAAGACGCUGGCGAGUCCAAGUUUAGAGGCAAGACCAUUGGAUGCUACUUUGGGAACAUGAACGAGGACUGGGGAGAGAUGUUGAACCGAGACCCUCUCUGGCAUGGACCUAACAAGAUUGAUGGCUACCAAGACUGGAUGCUGGCCAACCGGAUCUCUUACGAGUUCGGCCUGACUGGCCCAAGCAUGACGAUCCGCACCGCCUGCUCAUCAAGUCUCGUCUGCCUCAAUGAGGCAUGUUCAGCCAUCCAACGCGGCAUCUGCGAGGGCGCCGUGGUAGCUGGUGGGAAUUUGAUGCUUGCACCGGGAAUGACGCAGCAGAUGACGGAGAAGGGCAUUCUGUCUCCCGAGGGUUCUUGCAAGACCUUCUCUGCAGAUGCAGAUGGCUAUGCGCGAGGUGAGGCAUUUGCGGCUGUGUUCUUGAAGCCUCUCGAUGCCGCCGUCCGGGAUGGCAACCCGAUCCGCGCUGUCAUCAGAGCCGCAGUAGCCAACUCGGACGGCAAGACGCACGGUAUCACGCAGCCGAACGCGGCAGCCCAUGAAGCCAUGAUCCGCCUCGCCUACGAGCAGGCCGGCAUUACAGACUUUUCCAAGACGGCCUACUUUGAGUGCCACGGAACAGGUACGGCCGUUGGAGACCCUAUCGAGACUGGCGCGGUGGCCAACGUCUUUGGGGACAAAGGCAUCCACAUCACCUCUGUCAAACCUAACGUCGGUCACACCGAGGGUGCCUCUGGCCUUGUAUCUCUCAUCAAGGCUGUCAUGUCCCUUGAACAUCGCACCAUCCCCCCCAACAUCAAGUUCAAUAUCCCCAAUCCCAAGAUUGCUUUCAAGCAGGGGAAGCUUACCGUUCCUGUCGAGCCAACGCCGUUCCCAGCGGAUCGUCUUGAACGUGUAAGCGUCAACAGUUUCGGACUCGGCGGCUCUAACGCGCACGUCGUCCUCGACUCGGCAAGAAGCUUCAAUGUAGCCAAAUCGGGCGUUCGGGACAGCGACAGGGAGUCAGAGCCUCAGUUACUUCUAUUUUCCGCGGCUUCUGCCGCAUCUUUGAAGUCCAUGGUUGCCAACUAUGAUGCCUGGAUGGCGAAGAACCCCGAGGUGGCUGAUAGACUUGACGACCUUGCUUACACCCUUGCCAACCGGCGCGAGCACCUCCCCUACCGAGCAUCCAAGGUUGCCGGCCCCAGAGAAACCCCGGUAUCUCAGGGCGGCAAGAUCCCCAGCCAGCCACUCAGCCUGGUCAUGGUGUUCACCGGGCAAGGCGCACAGUGGCCACGCAUGGGUCGUGAGCUACUUCAGCGCGAUGACCUCGUCUUUCAAAAGACGGUGAGAGCUCUCGACCAGUAUCUCCAGGCCCUUCCGAAGCCUCCUGGGUGGACAAUCGAGGCAGAGCUUCAGAAGUCGGCCAAGACCUCCCGCGUUCAAAAGCCAGAAUUCUCACAGCCCUUGUGCACUGCCAUCCAGAUCGGCCUUGUCGACCUUUUCGCAAGCGUUGGUAUCGAGGCCUCGGCGGUGGUGGGCCACAGCAGCGGUGAACUCGCAGCAGCCUACGCAGCCGGAGCUCUCACGGCCAAGGAGGCCAUCGUCGGGGCUUACCUGCGAGGACAAGCAGCCAAUCUGCAAGACAAGAAAGGCGCCAUGGCGGCCGUUGGUCUGGGCCGUGCCGAGGUCAAGCCAUUCCUGGUGGACGAGCCCCAUGUUGUCAUCGCGUGUGAGAACUCGCCCCAGAGCGUGACUCUGUCGGGAGACUAUGACAUAGUACAGUCGACUCUUGCCCGUAUUAGGGACGCCCAUCCCGAUAUCACUGCUCGACUUCUCAAGGUUGAGAAGGCAUAUCACUCAUACCACAUGGGAGAAAUUGGCGACCAAUACCACGCGAUGAUCGAGCCACACCUGCAAGGCCAGCGACCGAGCAAAGCCUUCUUCUCUAGCGUCACUGGAGUUGGAGAGCCUGAGUCCGACGUACUGGGCGCCAAGUAUUGGCAGAAGAACCUUCAACAACCUGUUCUCUUCAACUCGGCCGUUGCUGGCAUCCUGAAGCACGUCAAGAACCCGGCGUUCAUCGAGAUUGGUCCCCACGGGGCCUUGGCCGGCCCCGCGCGACAGAUUUUCGCCAAAGCCUCGGCCUCCCCCCCUUACGUAUCAUCUCUGGUCCGCAACGAAGACUCAGUGCAGUCCUACCUUGCCUCACUUGGGAGACUGUUCGAGCUGAACCUUUCGCUCGACUACGCAGCCAUCGCUCCGGCCGGAGAAACCUUGCCAGAUCUACCAACAUACCCCUGGAACUACGAGGGCGACUUCUGGAUCGAGUCUCGCAUGUCAUCGGAGUGGAGAAAUCCCCGAUUCCCUAGACAUCCCCUUCUGGGACGCCCGCAACUAGAGAGCACGAGUCUGGAACCUAGCUGGAGGAAUCUCAUCAACAUUGAGGAUGCGCCCUGGCUGCGGGACCAUCAAGUGCAGGGCGUGGUCGUUUUCCCUGCCGCAGGCUACUUCGCCAUGGCUGGUGAAGCAAUCCGCCAGCUCACUGGCGUGGAGACAUCUUACAGCCUCCGUCAGGUGGUUCUGAGCCAGGCCCUGAUCUUGGAGGUGGGCGCAGACACAGAGGUCGUCACGAACCUGCGGCCUCAUCACUUGACAGCCUCCGCAGGAAAGGGCUGGUGGGAGUUCACAAUCGCUUCCUUCAAUGGCAACGCGUGGACGAAACACUGCUCGGGUCAGGUGACGGCCAUUCCGUCAGUCAAGCCCGCCCAAGCUGAAGGAAUCAAGUCUCUUCCCCGGAAGCUUGAAACCUCCAAGGUCUUCAACAUUCUCUGGAAAGCGGGCAUGGAAUACGGCCCAGCUUUCCAGCGUCUCGACGGCAUCAGCACGGGUACUCUGGAGACCCGGGCGACAAGCAGACUGACUGACAAUCAAAACGGCGAUGAGGACAAAUACCAUCUACACCCCACCAUCAUCGACGCCGCCCUGCAAGCCGGGCUCGUGGCUGCUAGGAGCGGCAAGCUGGACGUCAACAAUUGUGCUGCGAUGCCGACCCUGAUUGAAGAACUCACCAUCUUCAGCACCACUUCGAGGUCGGGGGUGGCCGUUGAGGCGGUGACCGAAGUACAGCCUGGAAGUCACGAGAUCAGAGGUCAUUACCGUAUUGUUACGGACGGAAAGUUGGUCCUUGACAUACCGAGAGCUACCUUCACCCCACUCGAGCAAGGGGGCCAGGAUGUCGUACACAAGCUCCCGAUCAGCGCGCGUGCCAACUGGCAGCCUCACAUCGAUUUCCUUGACGCGGCCUCUCUCUUACGGCCCCGUGGUGAUAUCGAGAAAUGGACGCCCGUGCUGAACGAGCUGGCUGAGCUCUGCUUCAUCUUCUUCCAGAGGUGUAUUCAAGAUGUCACGCUGUCACCUAACCCAUCCGUCCAGCGGUUUGCUGCGUGGGUCAACCAACAGUUUCUCUCUCUCAGCAAAACUCAUCCGGGUCACUCCCUUGAUAUGGAACAAAUCGUCGACAAGGCUCACGCCAUUGGAGCGUCCAUGGCUGACUCGCCCUUCGCUGCAUGCGCGGACAGCCUUCUCGAGGUCGGUGGAAACAUUGCGGACCUCCUCACCGGCGAGCGAGACAUUCUUGAUGUUCUUGCCAAGGACGAUCUUCUCAUAAAGGUUUUGGCUUCGUCCGACACCGUCGACCGAGCCCCUUUCCUCCGGAGUCUUGCACAUGCGAGACCCAGCCUUCGAGUCUUGGAGCUUGGCGCCACCACCGCACAACUUACUUCUUCCCUUUUGAACGACCUCUCUCUUCCUAAUGGAGGCUCCCUUUACUUCAAAUACACCUUCACCGAUCCCUCGCCGACAGCCUUAGCAGCCGCCAAGAAGCAGUUCCAACCACAAGAGAGGAUGGAUUUCCGCGUCCUCGACAUCGCCAAGAAUCCGGCAGAACAAGACUUCAAGGACGAUGAGAAAUACGACUUGAUUGUGGCGACAAACAUUGUCCACGCCACGCCCAGUCUAUCGGCAUCUCUCGCCAACAUCCGCACACUUUUGGCACCCGGCGGCCGGCUGUUGCUUCAGGAGCUUCACACGGAGUCCAAAUGGGUCAACUGUAUUCUCGGCCUUCUGGAUGACUGGUGGGUUGGCCGGGAUGACGGUCGCCCCAACGAACCCUACGUGUCUCCAGAGCGGUGGGAGGCCGAGCUGAAGGGCGCCGGUUUCGCUGCGCCGGACGUCGUGCUGGACGGUCCUGUACCAAACCAGCUUAGCACUGCCUUCGUCGCCAGACAUGGAACGGACGUUAGCCCUACCCUCAACAAGAAUGUGACGCUAUUGGCUCAUACACACGACGGCAAGAACGUCGGCGCCGUGGUACAGUCACUCAAGGCUCAAGGCUACGUCGUUGUCGUCCGGGCCUUCGGCGAUGAGCUGCCGCGGGGCCAGGAUGUCAUCUCUCUUCUCGACGAGGACGAACCCUUCUUCCACCAAAUCGACAAGAACCACUUCCAAACUCUGCAGAAACACCUUGCUAGUAUUGCCGAGUCGGGCAUCUUUUGGGUCACACGCCCAUCCCAGAUGCAGUCGAAAGAUCCUCUGUACGCCACGGCAAUUGGUGCCAUUCGGUCCAUCCGGAACGAAGAGGCCAUCGACUUCGCCACAUGCGAGGUGGAACUUGUCACCGAAUCCCUAGACUCCAUCCUCGCUGCUUUUGCCCACUUCCAAAACAGACUGGAAGACGCUUUCUUCAGACCCAACUACGAAUACGCCAUCCUCGACGGUACGAUCAACGUGCCUCGCAUCUACCCAUUUACAUUUGGCGACGAACGCGCCGCUACACGAGAUGAGAACGACCGUGUUUCUCUUGUUGCUGAAAGGCCUGGCCGGCUUACGUCGCUGGCCUGGGAGUCACGCCACCAUGCGCCCCCAAUCGGAGACCAAGUCGACAUCGAAGUCUUCUAUGCCGGCCUCACUUCUAAGGACGUCUCAGAGAUCAUGGGGACCAUUCGGUAUCCCGCCGAAGGCUUGGGUACCAGCGUCAGCGGUAGAGUAUCUGCCGUUGGCGCUGGUGUCAAAGGUUUCGCAGUGGGCGAUCGAGUGAUCGGCCUUGGACCCGGCAGCCUCUCAUCGCACCUGCGUACUUCCGAAGCAUUGGUUGCCAAAAUACCAGACGCCGUCUCUCUCGAAGCAGCAGCAACACUUCCUGCUGCGUACGGCACUGCUGUCGCAGCCCUGUACGAGCUGGGAAACCUACGGGCUGGCCAGUCUGUUCUGAUCCACGAUGCCGCUACUGGUGUCGGCUUGGCCAUCCUCGAACUUGCAAAGACGUUGGGCGCGGUCAUUUUUGCGACCGUCAGGUCCGCGGACGAAGCGAGCACCCUCGCCAGGAAUUUCGGGCUCCCCAGGAAUCGUAUCUUUUGGUCUACCGAUGACACCUUCCUCAGAGAGAUCACGCUGGCGACUGGAGGAGAUGGUGUCGAUUUGGCUUUGAACACCCUUCGUGGCGAACUCUCACACGCGACCUGGAACUCCGUCGCCGCGUUCGGACGCAUGAUCGACAUUGGUGCAGCAGACUUCCUCGGCGCCCACGAUUUGGAAACGGGUCCCUUUUUGGAUGGUCGCAGCUACACCGGCCUCGAUUUCGAAGCCCUCGUGACGGGUAAAAAGUCCAUCGUGAAGAGAAUUCUGCAGACAGUCGCCAAGCUUUUGAACGACGGCGUUGCUAUUCCCCUCUCGAAUCGAGUCGUUUUUGAGGCCUCGCGCGUGGAAGACGCUGUCAAGCAUGUGCAGGACCAAGCCGGCGCGUCGGCCGACGUCAUCCUUCAGCUCAGAGACAUCCAAGGCACGCUCACGAUUGACUGGAAUAACGUCAAAGUCAUCGAUGUUUUCAAAACUGACGACAAGGCUUCCUACCUUCUUGCUGGAGGACUGGGUGGUAUUGGAACCGUCAUUGCCAGACAUCUUGUUGAGAACGGCGCUCGACGGCUUGUCUGCCUUUCGAGAAACCCAGGAUCGCGUCCUGGAGACGCCGAGAUCAUCCAGGAAUUGGAGAGCAUGGGUUGUGACGUGGUUCUCGUCAAAGGCGACAUGGUGAAUAAGGACGACAUCUACCGAGCGGUUCGACAAGCCCCCAACCUCAAAGGAAUCCUGCACUCGCCCAUGCUCCUCCAGGACGAGGCUUUCAGGAACAUGACCGUCGAGCAAUGGACCAAAGUUAUCGGCCCAAAGGUUCAGGGAGCAUUGUACCUUCACGAAGCCACUGUCGAGGCCGGCAUCGAGCUUGACUUCUUCGUUUUGCUGUCGUCCCUGUCGGCCGUCACCGGACAGCCCGGCCAGGCCAACUAUGCCGGCGCCAACGCGUUCCUAGACGCCUUCACCCUGUGGCGCAACAGCAAAGGCCUCCCCGCGUCCUCCAUCGACAUCGGCGCCGUUGCCGAUAUGGGCUAUGCCGCCCGCGAUCAGCAGCUCUUGCAGAGGCUCUUGAGAAACGGAUACUCUGGUGUCACAGAGAGCGAGAUGAUCGAGGCGUUCCGAGCCGCGGCCUCCUAUCCGGUGCCCGACAUCACGGUUACCGGAAAGAGCCUCCCGUUCACCCACAAGAAUACCUUCAGCACGGGUUUCUCCUCGGACAAGUCGUACAGCCACCCGGACAGUCACCUCCACUGGAAGAAAGACAUCAGAAUGGCCGUCUGGCACAACAUCAGCGACGGCGACAGUCGGGAUGGCGGCGCCGGAGGAGACGGCUUCAAGGAGUUCUUGGCGAGAGCAAAGAUCGAGCCGGAGAUUCUCGAGAAGCCUGAGUCGGCCGAAUACAUCGCCAACGAGAUCGGCAAUCAGUUGAUGAGGUUGCUGCUGCGUCCGGAUGACGAAAUCGACAUCACAUUGCCCGUCCAGCAGCUUGGUCUUGACUCCCUGGUAGGUAUUGAGUUGCGGAACUGGUGGAGGCAAACACUAGGAUUCGACAUCAGCGUGCUCCAGUUGCUGGGUUUUGGAACAUUGGAAGAGCUCGGCCGACAAGCUGUGAAAGGAUUAGUGGGAGCGACUAAAUAA